CGUCUGCAGAAUAACGGAGGUCUGGAAACUCUUCCACCACUCAAAUUCCACAGCCGCCCACGCCGACUACGCACCUCUCCAAGGGACCUGACUUCUCAACGCCCAUACACAACAGGUCAUCUAGCAUGGCCUCAUUACUCAUCCAAAAGACAGCCUGGACAGCGAGCUCUCGCGCCCUGUUAGCCCGCCAACACGUGCGCUCGGCCCCAGUCACCCUCGUCCGCGGCUUCCACCACUCGCCGAUCCAACGCAACCAACAGCGCAGCACCUUCCUCCCGGAAUUCAGCCUCAAAGACCGGGUCAUUAUCGUCUCUGGUGGAGCGCGGGGUGUCGGCCUGACCCAGGCCGAAGCGCUGCUCGAAGCCGGCGCCGUCGUGCACGCGCUCGACCGUCUCCCCGAUCCCGCCCAAGAUAGCGACUUCUCGCGUGUGGCCAGCCGCGCCACCUCAGAGCUGGGCUCCCGCAUGAGCUAUCACCGCGUCGAUGUGCGCGACCAGAGCGCCCUAGGCAAGAUCGUCGGCGGUAUCGCAGAGAAGGAGGGCCGGAUCGACGGGCUGAUCGCCGCCGCGGGCAUCCAGCAGGAAACGCCUGCGUUGGAGUAUACAGCCGAGGAUUCAGAUAAGAUGCUGGGGGUGAACGUCACCGGCGUGUUCAUGACCGCUCAGGCGGUCGCUCGGGAGAUGAUCAAGCGGAAGCAAAAGGGGAGUCUCGUGUUGAUUGGGAGCAUGAGCGGAACGGUGGCGAACAGGGGGUUGAUUUGCCCCGUGUAUAAUGCUUCCAAAGCCGCGGUCCUGCAGCUGGCUCGCAACCUAGCUGCCGAGUGGGGCGAGCACGGCAUCAGAGUGAACACCAUCUCCCCCGGGUAUAUUGUUACCGCCAUGACUGCAAGCCUCUUCGAAGCCGUCCCCGAGAGACGGACGGCUUGGCCUGAUGCCAACAUGCUCAAGCGGCUGAGUUAUCCGGAGGAAUACCGCGGCGCAGCCGUGUUCCUGCUCAGCGACGCUAGCAGCUUCAUGACCGGAGCUGACCUGAGGAUCGACGGGGGCCACUGUGCCUGGUGAGAUAUGAAAAGGUCUUCGCGGGGGUGUACCCGAGCGGUGCUGUACAUAGAACGGAGCCUCGGGUUGGUUU